GGAUGCACAGCCGAUCGCCGACGACUGACAAUUAGUGAUUAGUCUUGCUGUCAAUUUUAAUUGUUGUUAAACAAAAGGCGGUGCAUUUUUUGUGUUAUUUGUUACUUUAGUGUAUGGCAAUUGCAAUACUGCAUUAAAGAUAUAAACACAUUCGCAAUUGAAAAUAUAAGUGAAACAUUUGGUGAAUAAAUAAAGUGCAAACAAUAGUCCUGUCUAUGUUAUUAAAUGUGGCAUGAGUUCGGUUAGAAUCCGAGGUAACUGCAGUGGUCACUGUAUGUAUUAGCAAAGCAUUUUACGUGAACAGCAACUGUGUAAAAAGAAACGUGUUAAAGGUAUACCAGUCACAAAUUGGAAACUCGCUAAACUUGAAACAAAUUCGUCCCCAAACGCACUUACUACAGAAUUUUUGGAAGAUAUGGGCAUUGGAGUGCUGGAUUCAGAAGAGAGUUCAUCUUCGGCGGCGUCCUCAAUAGCUUUAGUAUUGAGUGCUAGUGCAGAUGAAAACUCUAAUGGUGUCACACCUAAUAUUGAUGUACCCAAGAUGUGUCAUCAACGAUUCAUAUCCUAUCGUCCAUUGGAUAACACCUUAGACAGCACAUUCAACAGCGACACAAACGAUAAUACAUUAAUAACUACGCCCGGUAAAAGUAUGAUUGAAAAUGAUGCUAAAAAUACUGUAAGCCAACUCCGUGAUAAUAAUAGUAGCGCUCUAGAUACGUAUGGUAAUGAUAGUAAAAUAAAUAUGCAACAGCAGCAGCAGCUUGCUGAUAAAUUAUUAGUUCAGUACAAGAAAGCAGCAAUAGUUGGUAUUGGCGCUAGCAUAACUUCAACAUCUACUUCAAUAACCUCCACAGCGCCACAAAUAUACAAUACAUGUACAAAUUCUAACUCACCUUCUACAAGCAGAAAUACACGUAGUCCUUUGUCAACUGUCACUGGAAACAAUAAUAUUCGUACAAUAAGGAAUGCUACAUCACAUACUCAACAGCAACAGGUGAUUAAAGUACCCCUUCCCCAUGUAUCCAAUAACGCUGGGUCUUCAUCAAGUAGCUAUAUGUGUUUGCCUUCGACCAGCAAGCAAUCAAUGUUAAUGAAACAGCAGCAGCAGCAGCAACAACAAUUACAACAACAAAAACAAGAAGAACAGCGACAACAGUUGCAACAGCAACAACAGUGUCAAGAGCAACAGUAUCGACAGCAACAACAUCAGGAUGUCAAGAUUUUCUGCCAAAAUCAACCAACGCAGUCAAUAACAGCAGAACAACAGGCGUCUUUGCCUUUAUAUGACAACUUCUUUUUAUUUAGACAACAUCAGUAUCGUGACCAUCUUACCGAUGGCAAAGAUUAUUUCAAUACCUUAUCGGAUGAAAUUAUACUACAAAUAUUCAAAUGGUUGCCCAAAAAGGCGCUUAUUCGUUGCAGUUAUGUUUGCCGGCGUUUCAACAGUUGUGCUAGGGAUGAAUCGCUUUGGACACGCUUGGAUUUGGCCGGACGUCAUUUACGUGCUGGGGCCAUGGAAAAUAUACUAACACGUGGUGUAGUAAUAUUGCGAAUGGCACAAGCGGAGUUAAGUCAUCCUGUCUUUGAGAGUGAAUUUCUCCAUGCAGAACCAAAAUACGAAUCGAAGUUACAGUAUUUAGAUCUGAGUAUGGUAUCGGUUACAAAGCCGUCAUUAAAAAUGCUCUUAUCACGUUGUCGACAAUUAAAGAAGCUAAGCUUGGAACAUGUGCCCAUUAACGAUGAGAUUUGCAAUGAAAUAGCCAAGAAUACUAAUUUGGAGGCGCUAAAUUUAGCUAUGUGUAUAGGUCUGGAAGCUUGGAGUGUACGAAAAAUAAUGGAAUGUUUGCAAAAUUUAAAUAGCUUAAAUAUUUCGUGGACAAAUCUCUCCGUUGAUGCUGUAACAUCUGUGGUGACCAAUGUAACACCAAACCUUAUGCGUUUAAAUAUGGCAGGCUGUCGGAAAACUAUGUAUGAUUCUCAUGUCGCUAGUUUGGUGAAACGGUGUCCACAGCUGUUGGAAGUUGAUUUUUCCGAUUGUACUGCACUAACAGGCAACGUUAUAAAUAUUAUAUGUAAAUUCAAAAUGUUGGAAUAUUUAUCCCUAUCCCGCUGCUAUCUCAUACCCGCCUCUUCCUACAUGGAUUUAGCCAAUUUACCUUCACUCACCUAUCUUGAUGUAUUUGGUAUGCUCUCCGAUACCGGUUUGGAAUUAUUGGAGCAAAACUUUCCCAAUAUCGGUAUUAAUAAAUUUAUACAUAGUUCUGUGGCCAGACCAACAGUUGGCACACGUCGCACAUCGAUUUGGGGGCUACGUACACGGGAUUAA